AUGGAGCCCAAAGGUGAGGCUGAGGCCCCCGAGGUUACAAUAAGUCGGUUCGUCCCUUCAAAGCCCCAAGUUGAGCUGCUCGAUGGAAUAUGCAAGCCAACUGUUUAGUAAGCAUUUGUAUUUCUUAAGACAGUUCUUUAGUAAUGUCGUAUCAUCAGUUGAUCUCGGAUGUCAAAUUGAGUUAAGAAAAGUUGUUCUCUAUAUUCGUAACGCUGAGUACAAUCCACGAAGAUUCCCCGGCUGUGUUGUUAGACUAAGGGAGCCCCGAGUCACCUGCCUCAUCUUUGGUACUGGAAAGAUGGUCUGCACGGGGGGCAGGUCGGAAGAACAGAACAAUCUCGGCGCAAGAAAAUGCGCACGAGUUCUUCAAAAGCUCGGUUUUCCUGUACGUUUUUUUCACUUUCUGGUCGGUAUUGCGUGACGCCUGGCAAUUUCUUUAAUGCCUUACAAAAUACCGAUAAACUGGGUUUCAGAAACCAAGUCAUCUUGCUAAAGUACACCAGACGGGCGUCCUCAUCCGCAAAGCCUAUGAGGUCAUUCUUACGAUAAUGGAAGGUAUUCUUUUGGAAAGCUAGCUUGCCAUGAAUUGUGGCGAAUAGACUUGAUCCUUUAAAUGAUCAUCAGGUAGCUAUUCAAUGCUACUAGGGUUGCAAAUCCCUUAACGGCGGUAUUUCCUUUCGCGAUACUAUGUAUAUUGUGAGAUUCCAGUAAUUACUCCAAACACUUGACACUUUCUUCUGUCCCUUUAUUUUUCGUCUUUUACAUACGUUUGUGUUUCAUACACUUGCACUUUUGUCCUACGCCUAAUCCUAAAUGGGAUUCUAAACUAUCGACGAUCUUUAUUGAUUCGCCCGGUGUUAAGCUGUUUCUAGUCAGUGAACCGAAUUAAGCUGUAAUUUAAAUGCCCUUGUGUGCGAUUUGAGGCUUGGUGCCGAGUGCUGGAAGAAGCUUAUCGAAGGCUAGAAACGAUAAGCAAACACGGGCGGACUGCACGCAGGACACAGAAAGUACAUAAAGCGCGUCGCGUCGACAUUAAAGGACUGAAGUCGCGUCAGGAGCAACAAGCGAGUGGUGCGCUUCACUUCGUCCAUAAGCUUUCUUGUUCGAAACCUAUCUCUUUGUCCCUGAAGGCCUCUCCUCUGCAGCGUAUUUUUGUUCUGACGUACUUUUACGCCAUUCCCUUAACCCCUUCUUCACAUCGCUCUUAGGUUCUGUUCAUCAAUUUCCGCAUACAGAACGUGGUUGCGAUUGUGGAUUUAAAGUUUCCGAUCAGGCUUGAAGGUCUUCUUCUAGCGAAUGAGCAGAUGGCGCAGUAAGUUUUGUUCUAUCUUUGUCUAAUUGCCCGCAUAAGGUUUUGCUUGCGUAAUCAGCCUUUUUUACUGUUCAUGAAUUAUGUAUAAGCUGUCACCUUUGGACACAAUGAUACUUCAAGAGCCAUUUAGCACCAUGCCUCAGGCUUCCAGCAAUUAAGGUUUUUCACGUUCUUAAAAGUGCGUACGAGUUUUAAUAUUGUAUACCCUGGUCUACGGCUACAGUUUUCAGACCGUGCCUACCUAUAAUUACUCAAAGUGAUGGCAUACCAACGGACUUCUGUGUGUUAAGUGUAUUCCCGACUGCAUCACCAGGCGAUUUGUGAAGCAUCCAUCUCCACCAGUGUCGAGUUUAAUUUUCCUGAACAGCUUUCAAAAAUCCAUUUCCGCACAUAUUAUUUUGAGUUUAAAAUGCUAAACCUAACACCCAUGUGGGGCCGCUGAAGUCAAGAACCGUCCGCAGUAGGUCGUCUAACGCAAAAACGUAAUAAUUACAUUAGAAAUAUGUGGUUGCUCCCGUUAACGGUUUGCAAAAUGUGGAUGCAGCACUUACUAAUAAGUCGGAAAUUUUUUCUACCAAAAUGGGCACUGAGUUAGUGCAAAAUACCUCACAUACUCAAGUUUGGCGACUGCACUUUUCCACUGGGCAUCGCCUUUCAAUUGUGGAAAACAUUUACACUAUCUAACAGUGCUGACUUUAGGUUGUUUUACCCCGUAAAAUUGGCUUAGAGAACCAUGUCUGUAGAUCGUACCUCGUAGGACCUUGACUACAAAUGCUUCCUGCGCAUUCCACGUGACGCGCAAAUGUUGGUCCAACUCCGCAAAUUAAACCUUGGUCGAAAAGUCCAUUCGAUAGUAUGUAGGACAAAUACAGUGUGCUCCACCAUACCGACGGCGCAGGCGCUAACCCAAAACCCAGACACAUGCUUCACUGACUUUGUGCCACUGCGUGACGCAGCUGCGAGGGGUUUGGCUCAUUGAUGGGCCGGUUGAUACUCCAGCUACAGACUUUCAACUGUCUUGUUUCCGCAGAGAUUGAUGCGCCAACUUGGAACAAACUCCUCGGGGCAAAAAUUCCCUUCCGCGGUGACGGGGGCCGUAAACGUCAGGUGUCAGCUGUUGACUUCGUGGAUCUUCUGUAAUGACAGACUGCCCGUGUAAGACUUGUCGUCCUUGUUCGAAAAACGAUAUAGAAUAGGUGCUUCAUUAAGUCACAGUGACAUCCAGCUAGCUAUCCAGAUCAUAGGAGGGAGUGUAGGUGGUUACGUUUUAAGUCAGAGCCCUAGUCUGAAUCCCUCGUUGAUCGGUACAUAGCGGCGACCAAUCUGUAAUCGAAAGAUGUCAGCGAUUGGAAUAACCAUUUCGAGCCUAUUCAUUUUUACCAGGCACCUGGUGCCCAACCCGAGGCCAGGGCGAGUCGCCUUCCAAUCCGGACCCUUUUAACGUGUGGGUUCUGAUCCAUUUUGGUUAUUUGACGGACGACGAGAAAUCGGUCAGAGGUCACCAUUCGAGUUCCACUUGUCACUGUCGGUAAGAUUCCUUGGUCGCUAUGUCCGCGAGUGGUGUAGACUGGAGUUCCAGGUCAAACCGGAAUGGUUCGUAUUCCCGCUUGCAAUCAGAGCACAAGGCACUUUCCACGCACUGAAAAAUAAUUGGCUGUGGGAUCGUGCCAUUCUAAAUGGAUUGCAGUUUCUCCUGUGCCACCGUCCCCCCUCCCCCCUCUAUCUCACUUCAUGUCACACAAUUUUUUCCUUCUCGACCUCCUCGUUGUAUCAUGUUGACGAAUAAUCUAGGAUUUAAGCGCUCCCAGCAGGACACCGAGCCCUUUGGCUCAGAGGUUAGGACGUUGAAGUUCCAAUAAACAGGUCGCAGAAUCGAGUUCCAGGUUUUCCACGCCUGCGGGUUGGGUCUGGCUGGCUGAUGACGGCUAAUAAGUCGAUAAUGGCCAUUCUAGUUGUUCUUGUCUUUGUCGGUAAUGCUACACUCCCUAAUUUUGCUGUCGCCUUUUUGUCAGAUAUGAACCCGAAAUCUUUCCCGGCCUGGUUUACCGGAUUGUCAAUCCAAAACUUGUCUUCAUCAUUUUUGUGAAUGGCAAGGUCGUAAUUACGGGUAAGCUUGUCAAAUUCAUUUAGGUCUGGCUUGGCUAUCUGCAUGCACACCUUUCCAGGACCAUCUCUCAGUCGUUUGUUUUCCGCAUUUUCCAGGUGCCAAAUCCGUGGAAUUGAUAUAUGAAGCAUUUACUAAGGUCUACCCAGUGCUCCGCAAUUUCCGAAAACUUUCUUAA